GAAAAGAAUGUGUGGAGUGCUGGGGAAGUUUAACAGUCAGAGCUAAGGACAGGGAGAGCAGCUCUGUGUGUGUAUAAGGAGUGGUCGUAGUUAAUAAGUAACAGUCACUUCAGGUUCAAAGGUUCAGUCACACUGGGAACUGGGAAAACUUCCUUCGGUGGCAGUUGAAGAAAACACUUGCUUAUUUGAAGUUGUUUUAUUAGUAGUUCUAGAGAAUCUGAGAUGGGAAAGAAGCAGACAGGUACAGGGCCACUGUCGAGGCGUCCGGAUAACUCAGCGUUUAAACAGCAGAGGUUACCCGCCUGGUCUCCAUCUCUCACGGCACAGACCGUGCUGCCAACCUUCUACAUCCUCUCUCUCGUGUGCUUGUUACUGGGCAUAUGGCUCCUCAUCACUGUUAAGAACACAUACGAACUGAAGGUGGACUACACCAAUGCUGGAACAUGUGAACGGUGCUUCAAUUUGAGGAAGCAUGCCAUCGACUCCAGAACAGCCUGCACAUGCUCAGUCAGCUUCUACGUUCCAGAAACCUUUCCGGGCGAUGUGUUCUUUUACUACGGUCUGAGGAACUUUCAUCAGAACCUGCGGAGGUACAUGGACUCCCGCGAUGAUGCACAGAUGGUGGGGAGGAAGAACAACCUGAAGGCACCGAGUUCAUACUGCUCUCCGUUCGAUUACUAUGCAGACGGAAUACCCAUUGCCCCCUGCGGUGCCGUGGCCAACAGCAUGUUCAAUGACUCAUUAACAGUGAUGUACAAUCCAACGGAUGUGUUAGAAAUACAAGUUCCACUCUACAGGAAGGGUAUUGCUUGGUAUACAGACAAAAACGUCAAGUUCCGUAACCCUCCGACCAACAACACAUUCACUCUCCAACAAGCCUUUGAAGGCACGACUAGGCCUUUGUAUUGGCAGCGUCCGGUUUAUGAGCUGGAUGACACAGACUCCAACAACAAUGGCUUUAUAAAUGACGACUUGAUUGUUUGGAUGAGAGAGGCGGCCUUCCCUAAUUUUAAAAAGCUUUAUGGGGUUCUCAAUCGUGCUCAAGGGCCUUUCACUGAAGGCCUGCCUGCCGGCAACUAUACCCUCUCUAUAAAUUACAAUUUUCCAGUCGAGCCCUUUAGAGGUCGGAAGGAGCUGGUGAUCUCAAUGGUGACCUGGUUUGGUGGGCAGAAUUACUUCCUGCCCAUAGCAUACCUGGUGACCAGUGGACUGAUCUUGGUGACGGCUGUUGUACUCACAACGGUGUAUGUGAAAGUGGGCAAAAAGGGCAAGAACAUGGAGGAAUAAACCAAAAGAUGGAAAUGUCCAUCAGAAAACAAUGACGUAAUCACUGCACUUAAGAGUCAUUAUUAGGCACACUGAGAGCAGUUAAAAUGUAUUAUUUAAGUUAACUUUAUAUCAGCUUUUCUAAUUUUGACUAUAAAUUGUUUACCAAAACCUAUUUGAUACGAUUUUAUAAUAAUAUUUAUUGUCUGAUAUACAGUGGAAAAUAUAGAGUGAAAAUCUAGGAUUCAAAAUAGCGAUCAAGUGUGUGAUUUGUGAUCAUUUUUUACUAAAAUUGAUAUAUAAUCUGUAAUGGAAACAAACAAACCUGUAUUAAAGCAGAACAUUGCAAAAUAGAAAUAUUUUCACAAGUGGACUUUUGAA